CUGAAAGAUGUAUUUUAUUGGUUUUGGGGUUGACACGGAGGAAUCUGGUUCCUUAAUUAUGUCAUAGUAAAAGAAACAAAAUAAAUACCCACUAAUAAGUUAUCGCCAACAGUAUUUAUAAGACUUCGGGUAAAACAUUUGGAAAUUCAGAGAGUCUAAGCAAGUCCAGAGACUGAAGAAAUAUUACUGCCUCAAACACGCAAACAAAGGGCUAAACCAUUGCUAAUCUUUCCAUAAACUUUGCUUACAUUUGCCAUCUCUUUUUAAUACCAAUCCAUUAUUCAACACCAACUUCUCACUUCAAGAAUCUUUCCCUAUUAUUCUUGUCCAUCUCUCUUCUACGUAUUUAUUCCUAGAUAGGUAUUGUUCAGACUCGAGAUAUGUUUCGGAAAACAAUGGAAGUCUUCUGUGCGCAGCCUAGAAAUCAGCCAAACGGCGGCACGGUGACAGAGAGAUUUAAGAUCAAAGGAACAGUGGUUUUGAUGAAGAAAAAUGUUCUCGACUUCAGUGACAUUAAAGCUUCAUUUCUUGAUCGAGUUCAUGAGUUGCUGGGGAAAGGUGUUUCUAUGCAGCUUAUUAGUGCCGUACAUCAUGACCCAGCGAACAAGCUGCGAGGGAAGCUUGGAAAAGUGGCUUACUUGGAGAAAUGGGUGAGAAGUAUUACUCCAAUAACCGCUGUGGAUACAGUUUUCAACAUCACUUUUGACUGGGAUGAGAGCAUGGGAGUUCCUGGAGCUUUUAUAAUUAGAAAUCAUCAUCAUAGCCAGUUAUACCUCAAAACAGUAACUUUAGAUGAUGUUCCUGGGCAUGGUAGGGUACAUUUUGUCUGCAAUUCUUGGGUGUAUCCAGCUCAUUGUUACAAUUAUGAUCGAGUCUUCUUCUCUAACAAGACCUACCUUCCAUGCCAGACACCUAAGCCUUUACGCAAAUAUAGAGAAGAAGAGCUAAUCAAUUUGCGUGGAAAUGGAAAAGGCAAGCUAGAGGAGUGGGAUAGAGUGUAUGAUUAUGCUUACUACAAUGAUUUGGGAAGUCCAGAUAAAGGUAAAGAGUAUGCACGUCCAGUUCUUGGCGGAAGUGAACAGUAUCCAUAUCCUCGAAGAGGAAGAACUGGUCGGAAACCGACAAAAACAGACCCCAAUUCCGAGAGCAGAUUGCCGCUUCUAAAUCUAGAUAUAUAUGUUCCAAGAGAUGAACGAUUUGGUCACAUAAAAUUUUCAGAUUUCCUAGCCUAUGCUCUGAAAUCCGUGGUUCAGGUAUUAGUUCCAGAGAUCAAAUCUCUAUGUGACAAGACUAUUAACGAGUUUGACAGCUUUGAAGAUGUUCUUAAGCUCUAUGAAGGGGGUAUUAAAUUACCCAGUGGGACCAAAGCCACUAAAUUAAGGAAUCGCAUCCCAUGGGAGAUGCUCAAGGAACUUGUUCGUAAUGAUGGCGAGCGAUUCCUCAAAUUCCCAAUGCCUGACGUGAUCAAAGAGGACAAGUCUGCUUGGAGGACAGAUGAAGAGUUUGCACGAGAGAUGCUUGCUGGAGUCAACCCAGUUAUUAUCAGUCGCCUCCAAGAGUUUCCCCCGCCAAGCAAGCUAGAUCCUAAAGAAUAUGGAAACCAGAAAAGUUCAAUCACAAAAGAGCACGUUGAAAAGAGCAUGAACGGUCUCACAGUAGAUCAAGCAAUCAGAAAUAACAAGUUGUUUAUAUUAGAUCAUCAUGAUGCAUUGAUGCCAUACCUGACGAAAAUAAACUCAACAACAACAAGGACUUAUGCUACAAGAACAAUCCUUUUACUGCAAGAUGAUGGGACAUUGAAGCCAUUGGCAAUUGAGCUAAGUCUUCCGCAUCCACAAGGGGAACGUCAUGGUGCUGUCAGCAAAGUUUUCACUCCGGCAGAAGAUGGUGUUGAGGGCUCAGUGUGGCAGCUGGCAAAAGCUUAUGCUGCCGUAAAUGAUUCUGGAUACCAUCAGCUUAUUAGCCACUGGUUGAACACACAUGCUGCUAUAGAGCCGUUUAUUAUUGCCACAAACAGACAGUUAAGUGUACUUCACCCAAUCUAUAAGCUUCUGCAUCCACACUUCCGUGAUACAAUGAACAUAAAUGCCUUGGCUAGGCAGAUUCUCAUCAAUGCUGGGGGGAUACUUGAGAUAACUGUUUUCCCAGCCAAAUAUGCCAUGGAAUUAUCUUCUGUGGUUUACAAGAGCUGGGUUUUCACUGAGCAUGCACUCCCUGCUGAUCUGCUCAAGAGAGGAGUAGCAGUACCAGAUUCAAGCCAACGACAUGGUCUGAGACUUCUGAUAGAAGAUUACCCUUAUGCUGUUGAUGGUUUAGAAGUCUGGUCAGCAAUUGAAACUUGGGUGAUGGAAUAUUGUGCUUUCUACUAUCCAACAGAUGACUUGGUUCGGGAUGACACUGAACUUCAAUCCUGGUGGGCAGAGAUCCGUAAUGAGGGACAUGGUGACAAAAAAGAUGAACCAUGGUGGCCUGAGAUGCAGACACGAGCUGAUCUUACGCAAACAUGCACAAUCAUCAUUUGGAUAGCUUCAGCGCUCCAUGCAGCUGUCAAUUUUGGGCAAUACCCUUAUGCUGGCUAUCUCCCUAACCGUCCAACCGUAAGUCGCCGAUUUAUGCCUGAGCCAGGAACCCCCGAGUAUACUGAACUUGAGAAAGAUCCGAACUUGGCCUUCUUAAAAACAAUCACAGCCCAACUACAAACUCUCCUCGGUGUUUCCCUAAUCGAGAUAUUAUCUAGGCAUCCAACUGAUGAGGUAUACCUUGGGCAGAGAGAUACAGCAGAAUGGACAUCAGAUCGUGAACCACUAGCAGCAUUUGAAAGAUUUUCAGAAAGGCUGAAAGAAAUUGAAAACAAAAUCAUGGACAUGAACAGUGACAAUAAAUACAAGAACAGAAUUGGGCCAGUCAAGGUGCCUUACACCUUACUUUUUCCUAACACCUCAGAUGAAUCUAGACAGGGUGGACUCACUGGCAAGGGGAUUCCCAACAGUAUAUCAAUAUAAAUCUUUUCUAUCAAAACAGCAAUAGCAUUCAUUAAGUUAAUUAUGUAAGUAGGGGCAGCUUAGUGGUUUGUAUUCAAAUUUAUUUUUAUCUAACUAGUAAAAGGAAUUAUGUGCAAGUAAUUAUGGAAUUUUCUAACAUAUAUAUCACAAGCAUCUAUUGAGUGUAAA